GGGCGGGCGCGGCCACUUCCUGUUCCGGCAGCGGGGCAGCCAUGGGGGCGCAGCUGAGCACCUUGGGAAGAAUUGUGGUCUAUCCAGUAUGGCUUGUGUACAGUUUGAUUGCAAGACUCUUCUGGAAGUCUCAGCCGGCCAUUACCCUUGAGAAUCCAGAUGUGAAAUAUCCCCUAAGGUUAAUUGACAAAGAGGAAAUUAGCCAUGAUACAAGAAGGUUUCGUUUUGCCCUUCCAAGUCCUGAACACAUUCUAGGCCUUCCCGUCGGGCAGCAUAUUUACCUUUCUGCAAGAAUUGAUGGGAAUUUGGUGAUCAGACCCUACACGCCUGUCUCCAGUGAUGAUGACAAAGGAUAUGUGGAUCUUGUCAUAAAGAUUUAUUUCAAAGGAGUUAACCCCAAAUUCCCUGAAGGAGGGAAAAUGUCCCAGUACUUGGAACAUCUAAAGAUAGGAGACACAGUUGAUUUCCGUGGGCCUAGUGGACUACUCGUGUACAAGGGGAAAGGAGUAUUUGCCAUUCGGCCAGACAAAAAGUCUGAACCAGUCAUUAAAUAUGCCAAGCAUGUUGGGAUGAUCGCAGGUGGCACAGGAAUCACCCCGAUGCUGCAGCUCAUCCGAGAGGUUGUGAAGGACAAAGACGAUCCCACCAUCUGUCACUUACUGUUUGCCAACCAGACUGAACAAGACAUCCUGUUGCGCCCAGAAUUAGAAGAAAUCCAGGCUCAGCAUUCAAGACGCUUUAAACUGUGGUACACAUUGGAUAGAGCAUCUGAAGAUUGGAGCUACAGCCAAGGGUUUGUGAAUCAAGAGAUGAUCAAGGACCACAUGCCUUCGCCCGCAGAUGAUGUUCUUAUCCUGAUGUGUGGCCCUCCUCCAAUGAUCCAGUACGCCUGCAUUCCCAACCUAGAUAAGUUGGGAUAUGCCAAGGAGGCAAGAUUUGCUUACUAAAAUGGGUUGCUAAUAAGCUGCAAAGGAAUGUGUUAAAUGGGAGAAAAGAGAAGGAAGAGCUUUGGACCAGGAGGAGCAAGAGGAAAGAAAAACAAGACUGAUGGGUAUUCGUGUAAAGCUACAUUCGGAGGGCUGCCGGUUGUCUGUGUGAGUUUGGUGUCUUCUUAGUGCUGCACUGAAAAUACUGUAGAUGGAUAUCUGUGGUAUUUUGUUUUGCUAUGCUUAACCAGUCUUCAUAAAAGCCGCUGGAGUGUGUCUGAUUCUUUGCUCAUGGGAUAAGCACAAUGUAGCCAGGCUGUUACAUCACCAAAGAGUUUCUUCCUAAUGGCAUAUGUGUCUGACGAUACCCAGGUGGAAAGCCCAUCUAUGCAGGAAGCAUUUUGUUUUUUCUAGCUGGCACAGUAGAAGAUAGCUGCACUACACAUGCAUGUCAGUCAUGUAGAAUUUUUGUAUUGCCUUUUUGUGAAGUCUGCAAUCUAGUGAAUUUGGAAAGAGUUUGUAAAUCCAGUCCAGAUACUUAUAAAAUAUACACGUUUUUGUAUGUAGUUGCAUUGCAUUAACCAAAUUCAGAGUUGAUUGCUGCCUUGCUACAGAUAAGCGUCUGAAGUGUGUCUUUUCCUGGCUGCCUCCCUCUGUCACCCUCUUCCCAGCGCGUAGCACAGAGUACAUUUGAAGGCUUUGCAGGUGUGUGUUCCUUGUGGGGUGGGGUCUGCCUUUGGUUGUGUUUGGGUUCAGCACCACCACCUAGACUGACAGGAUUCCUAAAUGUUAGUGAUGAUUCCAAAAACUUGUGCUGGUGAGUCGAUAUCAUGAAUGAUUUAAAUUAGUCCUUUCUUAUGGAAAUUAUUAACUAGUGGGCGUCAACUUCUAAAAAAGCUGGCUUCCACACUUUUCCACAAGGAAUUGCGCUGACCAUUUGAAAAUGCAUACACGUAUAUGAGUUAAGGCCUCCUGCUCCCAAGUCGAUAAUAUGACCGUUCUUUCCAAACUGUGUCAGCUGGGGAGCGCUCUUGUUCAAGCUGUGUUGAAACGGAGAACAGCCGGGUCAGACUCCGGGGGGGGCGGGGGGGCGGGGGGCGCCAGUGACGCUGCCUUUCAUUCCAGCGUGGCCUGCCCAAGGGAUGUUCUUGGGACAAGUGGGCCUAUUAACUGCCACAGUUGGUACUUAGAGUUUCUCUACAAGUUGAACUUAAAUGAGACUUCCGCUGUUUUUUAAGUUGUCCUUCAUGAAAGAUAGAUUUUUUCCCCCACUGAAAUCUCAUUCUUUUAAUUGCACACAAACAGCAUUCAGGAUGCAUUUUCCUGCUUCACCAUUAAAAUGAAUAUAAACACGGCCUGUGUCCACAAGAGCAUCUUGGAGGCUCCAGAACCCUUGCUGAGACCUUGGGAGGUAAAAGUCGAGUCUGUCGGCUUUGCCUUUCUGUGCCAUCUCCAGUUUUCUCCAAGACAUCUAACUGAGGGAUCUCUUUCAAGUCCCAGAUGGUAUCUUUUGAAACACAGGUCAAACUGCCUCUUAAUUCUGGUGCAGGCUGAAGUUGCGACCUGCCUCUGUCCCUCUCCAGAGGGCAAGGAUUCCAGCUUCACGGUUCCCCUCCCGGCACGCUGCCCCUUGCACCAGGUGCCAGGCCUUCUGCGCCCACCUUAAAGAAUCCAGUCUUUGUCCUCAGGCAGGAUCCCCAUGUCAGUGAGCGCAAGCCACAGGCCUCCUCUGAGGUGGGCCAGGGCCCUGCAGAAGCACCAGAAAUCAGCCGCAGAAGGGCGGAAGCAUACCUGGGUGGAAGGGAGGGGCUGGUGUGGAAGUCCUGCGUGGUGCCCUUGAGCAGAAGAAGCAGGGCCCAGCCUGCUCGCUUAGGUCUAGCAUUUUCGACCAGCGUUAGCAGAAUACGGGGCUAGAAGAAGAAAAGCAAAGCAAUAAGGAAUAUAGUAUGAUCCCACUCUGAGGAGUAAAUAGUCUAGGGUUUAAUAACUGGCUUAUUGAACUGCUCUUUCAGCAAAAAGAAAAUCAGGAAAGUCCAGGGAGCCGCCUCUUUGCUUUAUGUUUGUAACACGGGGACAAAAGAGCCUUAAGAUCUUGUCAGAAAUGUCGUCUUGGCAUGUCAACUAACUUUAUCUUCCUUCACACAAGCUGUUUUGUAUUACCUUGCCUAGUCCAUUACUGGAUUUUUUCAUAUAUUUGCUAAAAAUAAUAAAACUUUUUUGUUUGCUUCUCA